AUGGCGGUCAUCGUCCGGGCCAAGCGAGCCACCGCCGCCCUCGGCGAAGACGCUAAGGCCCGCCUCGUCGCCGGAUACGCCUGCAGCAGCACCAGCAGCAGCGGCAGCGAGCACGAGGCCGCCCUCUCCUCUCUCGUUCAUGCCUUCUUCGACUGCGACUCCCAUGACGACCGUGACUCCGACUCCUCGUCGCCGUUGGAUGAAACCGACGACCCAGUUGAUGACGGAUCCGACCACCGAGAUCGCUCGUACCUCCGCGCAGCCGCUGAGGUAGCGGAUCGCGUCCGUGGGUGGACUAACGGGGAUGACCCGUUCCGCCUCCGCCUCCUCUGCGACGUCUCUGUUUCCGCAGAGGAACUGGCCGCCCUCCGCCCACUCGGCGCCGCCUACCGACGCGCCGUGAUGGCUCGGCUGAGAGAGAUGGGCUACAAUGCUGGCGUCUGCAAGGUGCGGUGGGAGAGCUCCAGGAAUCUCGCCGCCGGAAGUUACGAGUACCUCGAUGUGGUGACGGAGGAGGAUCAACGGCGUUACAUAGUGGAAUUGAGCUUCGCGGAGGAAUUCGAGGUGGCGCGGGCGGAGAAGGGGGGCUACAAGGAGGUGAUCGCGGCGCUUCCGGAGGUCGUGGUGGCGCGGCCGGAGGAGUUUCGGCAGGUCGUUCGGGUGGUGGGGAAGGCGGCGCGGCGAUCCCUAAAGGCGCAGGGCCUUCACGUGCCGCCGUGGCGGAAGGAGCGGUACAUGGUAGCCAAGUGGCUGGGACCUUACCGGAGGACUACGAACGACACCCCGCUAAACGCCAGGGGACCACCGGUGUUGGACGUUGGCGAGGCGAAGUGCCGGGCGGUCGGAUUCGCGGCCGCCGCCGCCGCCGCUACGAGCGUGCAAGGGAUAGAAUACGCGGCGGACAGGCGACAGCGUAUAGCUGUCAGUGAACUCCAAGACAGCAACGUGGCACAUUCUGUGUGGAUACUGUGAUGUAUUGUAGCAGGGCCUGUUAUUUGACUGUAACAUUAUCGAUCGCAUAAGAUUUCUUUUGUAGUUUUGUCUUAUAAUAU